CCCUCGACUUCCCCAUACUCAUAUAACGCCUCGUCAGCAGCCGGGGCACUCGCUCACGGCAGUCCUCGUUUCCAAGGUUCUGCUCGCCGACCACGCCUCUAGUCCUCUGCUUGGCCGCAGCUCGGCACCCACGUCAGCCCAUCGCCUUUGCCUGUUCAUCGCCAACCGCACGGGCACAAGCUCCACGUCGCAGUCUCUUCCGGUUCACAGUCUCGCUCUUUGACACCUGGCUUUUGGUCGGCGAGAUUUUCUCAACCAGUGCUAUCGACUCCAAUUUGCCCACAAAAUAGACGUGGAUUGCAACUACUGCGGACGUUUCUGGGAAUCGCCAUCCGGACCACCUCACGAGGCCCCUUAGCACCGACAUGGAAACCGAUCGACUGUGAUCCCCUUUCACCUUCUGGCGGAUAUCCCAACGACCUCAUCACUAGACCCGACCUGGGCUAAAGAUUUGUACCACAAGAUACAACGCUAGACUCACAGGCUCACGAAAUGCUGUCAAAUCCCCUCCAGAGGUUCUCGCCCUACCACUCGCUUCAGGCGACCGGCGGGCUGGCAAAUGGUGCACAUGUUAGCCAGAACCACUUCCAGCAGAAUACCUCGCUCCGCCAUGGCAAUCAAUAUGGGGUUGCCCACAUGCAACAACAAGUAGGCGUGCAGAUACCACCACUUGCACGUGCAAAUCCAGCAAAACACCGGCACCAUCCUUAUGCCGACACUGCGGCAAAGUCAAAUGGCAGGUCGGGUGUCGUACGAAGACGCAUCAGCCGGGCCUGCGAUCAGUGCAACCAGCUGCGCACAAAGUGUGAUGGCCAGCAUCCUUGUGCCCAUUGUGUUGAGUUUGGGCUCGGCUGCGAGUAUAUGCGCGAGCGCAAGAAGCGGGGGAAAGCCUCUCGCAAGGACCUUGCCCAGCAGGCCGCAGCUUCCAAGGCUGCGUCAUCCACCGAAGAUAAUGGCGGCACCUCUCCCGAGGCCCGGGCAGACGCCGCAUCGCCAUCCGAUACACCUGCCGAAGAGACGAACGGCGAUCAGUCCUUACGACACACCUCUAGAGAGCUGGACGACAGUCUUGAGCGAUUGCCGACCCAGGAGACAGCGAGCCACAACCACCCAGCAUCCGGCCUGCAAAGCCUGGCCGAGCUGAGCUCGCACCAACCACAUAUUCCCACAGAGCAGAUGACCAUGGAAGGUACCCAACUAGAAAGUCCAAACACGAUGGCAAUGGCUGCAUACGGCACAGUCCCAGACUCCUAUGAAGGUGCAGGCCUGAGCCCAAAUAUGCUGUCGAGGCAGGGCCCAAACUCCUUCAAUCCGGGGUCAGCUCAGCUCGCGGACUAUCCAAAUCUCCCAUUCGGAAUGUCUGGUCAGACUCCGCCCACAUACUCUGCUGAUGGUCACGUCACAUUCCAGAUGGACCAGAAUCAAAUCGGCGGGUACUCGAUGCCAAGGGAUCCCGCCUCUCCCUCCUGGAUGCCCAUGGCAUCAUCUCCGAACCACUACCAACCACAGCUGGCCCAAAACAAAUAUUCUCAAGUUCGAUAUCCUGUCCUGCAGCCACUGCUCCCUUAUCUGAACAAUAUCAUCCCGAUUUCGCUAGCUUGUGAUCUCAUCGAGCUCUAUUUCGCAAGUUCAUCUUCGGCCCACGCCCACCCGAUGUCACCAUACAUCCUUGGCUUAGUCUUUCGGAAACGAUCGUUCCUGCAUCCACGAAAACCUCGGGUUUGCCAGCCUGCCCUCCUCGCGAGCAUGUUAUGGGUUGCUGCUCAGACUAGUGAUGCUCCUGCUCUUACGAGUGUCCCUUCGGCUAGAACUAGGAUAUGCCAAAAGUUGCUCGAGCUCACAGUCAGUCUGCUCAAGCCAUUGAUUCAUACGCCAACGGGAGAAGGGUCUCCUUUGACAACGGCAGUCAACCAUGGGGUUGCGCUCGGGGGACUUGGCGUCGCUCUCCCAGGCAGUAUCAGCAUGGAAGGACUUGCAGGCGAGUUUGGCGCUUUUGGGGCAGCAGGCACACUUGACGACGUUGCGACUUAUAUACAUCUCGCGACGGUCGCGUCUGCCAGUGAAUACAAGGGCGCAAGCUUGCGAUGGUGGAACGCUGCCUGGUCUCUGGCAAGGGAGCUCAAGCUCGGACGCGAACUGCCAUCCUAUCCAACCAUCAACUCCAACGAUCACCUCGACGCAGACUGUGAUGCACAGCAAGAUGAGAUUCUUGGCGGUCGUGCCACCCCUGGCUCUGCCACCGAAGAAGAACGCGAGGAACGAAGACGCAUUUGGUGGCUCGUCUACAUCGUCGAUCGGCAUCUUGCACUUUGUUACAACCGGCCACUGUUCCUCCUCGACGUGGAGUGUGAAUCUUUGAGACAGCCCAUGGACGACACAGAAUGGCAGAACGGAAGCUUCGAAGAACGCCCAAUCGACGAUCUCCUCAAGGCCCACCAUAGCCGGCCUUGUGGUCCCCCAAUGAAGUGCUCUGGCCACAGCAUUUUUGGCUAUUUCCUGCCACUUAUGACCAUCCUGGGCGAGAUCGUGGAUCUUCACCACGUCAGAAACCACCCACGCUUCGGCAUCGGCUUCCGGACCGCCCCGCAAUGGGACGAACAGCAAAUGGAAAUCGUUCGCCACCUGGAGGAUUAUGCGCAAAGUUUGAAAGAAUUCGAGCUCGGGAAUUUGCAAGGCCAUCCGGACGAGACGAACAAUGACUCGACCACGAAUGAUCACGGCGAUACUCAUUCGCCAUCGGGGCGAUCCGUACACACCAACUCCUCGAGGAUGACGGAGUCGGACGUGCAGACCAGGAUAGUCACAUCGUACGGAACACAUGUCAUGCAUGUACUGCAUAUUCUACUGACUGGGAAGUGGGAUCCUAUCAAUCUAUUUGACGACAACGAUUUGUGGAUUUCGUCCCAGGAGUUUAUCGAUGCAACGGCACAUGCUGUCUCGGCGGCCGAGGCCAUUGGCAACAUUCUCGAAUACGAUCCUGGACUAGAGUUCAUGCCAUUCUUCUACGGAAUUUACCUGCUGCAGGGCUCGUUCCUCUUGCUCUUGAUUGCAGACAAACUUCAGGGUGAGGCCUCGCCAAGUGUGGUUCGAGCUUGCGAAAGCAUUGUAAGAGCCCACGAGGCUAGUGUGGUCACCCUCAACACGGAGUAUCAGCGUAAUUUCAGCAGAGUUAUGCGCAGCGCGCUCGCACAAGUGAAGGGACGUGUCUCGGAAGAUUUGGGCGAACAGCAUCAGAGGCGUAGAGAACUUCUUGGACUCUACCGGUGGACCGGGAAUGGCACCGGUCUUGCGCUGUAGUUGCUGGGUGGGUAAUGGACUUGCAGAAUUCGGAUCAUGGAACACUUAUGAAUGUACAAAAAUGGGAACGAUGUAGCAUGGCGUUUGGAUACAAAUUAUCAUCUUGGGAACUGGGCCGGCGCACGUAGCGGCAAAGGGAAGGUUCUAAAAGAGCUUGGUUCAACGAGAUGUCGAGUAGGUAGCGCUCGGUGUUUUGGUGUCAUUUUGAGAGACGGAGCAAUCUGUCGAAGUUUAGCAAGCAGGACAAGGAUUGGAAUUGAGUAAUAUCUCCUCAA